CCGUGAGGAGACUGCGGGAGUUCCCAGGUCGAAGUGACCGGGACCGCACCAGAUUUCGGAAGCCGUCCGCAGCAACUGAGUGCCAUGGAGAAUCGCGGCAGCGGCUCUUCGGAGCACUUGGAGCGACUGCACGAAAUCUUCCGCAGCCUGCACGGGGAGCUGCGCGGCGCUCCGGAGCGUGUGCGCGGCAGCUCGUCGGUUGAGGAGAAGAAGAAGUUGAUACGAGAGUUUGAUGAAAAACAAAAAGAAGCAAAUGAAACGCUACAGGAAAUGGAAGAGGAACUGAAAUAUGCCCCAGUGUCCUUUCACAAUCAAAUGAUGAUCAAAAUUCGGGCAUACAGAAGAGACCUUGCCUCAUUCCAGAGAAGACUGAAAAGUACUGAUUUAGGAGUGGUCCCAGGUGGACAUGCAGAUCCCAAAUUUGGAAUCUUUUCCACAGAAAAUGAGCAGAGUACUCAAAUACAGUCUCAGAGGGUAUUGCUACUUCAAGGAACAGAAAGCUUGAACCGAGCUAGUCAAAGCAUAGAGCGUUCACACCAGAUUGCUGCAGAGACGGAUCAAAUUGGUACAGAUAUAAUUGAAGAACUUGGGGAACAGCGGGAGCAGCUGGAACGCACGAAAGGAAGGCUAGUAAACACGAGUGAAAACUUAAGUAAAAGCCGGAAAAUACUGCGCUCCAUGUCAAGAAGACUUAUGACAAACAAGUUAUUGCUCUCUGUUAUUAUCCUACUGGAGCUAGCCAUCCUGGCAGGCAUUGUCUACUACAAGUUUUUCCGCUAAAUUCUCAAGAUACACAGCCUUCUGCCUUUGUUUUCCAUCCACCUGAAGGACUAUGCAUGAACACUGCUGAGCAAUGGCUCUUGGGCACAGAUUGAAAGGGGUGGGUUGUACUUAAUAUAAUAUAGUUGAAAGACACUACUGAUGCGGUAGUAGUCUUGACAGUGUGCUCAUCUGAGAAUGGUGCUGGGCUGCUGAGAGGAAAUAUGGCUGGAAAAAAGACAAAGAGGAGUGAAGUAAUGGUAAGAUUGUAUAAUUGUAAAGUAAUAAACAUUUGUCUAAGCUGA